AUUAAUAUACAAAUACAGAACAUAAUUAUAGAACGGAGGAUUAUGCGGCUUAAUCCGUUAAGUGACAAGUAACGGAAAGUACGGACACAAUAAAAUACGAAAGGACUUAUGUCAUAAUUUCUUAUAAAACCUACUUGCUUCUUGUUUGUACUUUUUGAAAACGAUUUAAAUGGUACAAUUUUAAACAAUAACUGGUAGUAUUGAAUAAACAACAAUAAAUCAACGAUUGGACUGAUUCGUGGAAAUCGAUCAAUUGUACAUUCCGUAGCAUUUCUAUAAAGAACGGAAUAAUAAAAACUCAAGCAGGACUUCGAACAUGGCGGAGGGUACCAGCGACGGAUCGCCUCAUGACGGCGAAGAGCCAGAAGUUAUUAUUUACGAGUACCCAUGCAUGGAGUGCGGCGACAAUGGCUACAACACAGAGGCGGCGUACUACUGCGAGAACUGCGGCCGACAACUGUGCCGGAUGUGCCUCCGGGAACACGACCGGAAGUUCCGCUUCCAUCUUGUACUGGGGUCCGACCAGCGAGACCGAUGGCCGGAAGCGGCUGCCGGUGACGGUGAGGGAACGUGCCCACUCCAUCCGGAUAAGCCCCGAGACAUGAUAUGUGUGGACCACAAUGAGACAUGCUGUUCCCUCUGCACUGAUACCCUCCAUAGAUCAUGCAAAAACGUCCAUUCGCUCAAUGAAAAAGGAGGUCAAUCAAAACAUAGCAAGAAGGACAACCGAUUGCCCGGAAAGCAUCGCCGCCUGUCACACUUCUCCCGGCGCUCCAGCCGAAACGCCAUCACCGGCGACCACGUCUAUACCGUCAUGGACCGCCAGUGGUAUUGCGUCCGCCUGGACAGUGAUGAGAAGGAUUGUGAAAUCACUGGCCUUUGUCAACUAGUGGACGGAUACAUUAUUGUCAUCGAUCGAAAGAAUUGCAACAUUAAAAUGCUCGACGACGAAGCCAACUACGCCAUCAUUUCUCACUGUGCAUUACCUGAAUUUCCAAUGGACGUCUGCGUUAUCGCUGAUACAGAAGUUGCCGUUACGGUGACGGAAGUUACAGAAUUGAGAACCAGUAUCAAAAAUGAGAUUCAUUUCAUUGGAUUGAUAGAAGGACAGUUGGAAGUGACGAAAGUAAUCACACUUAGGCAUGGAUGUCAAAAGAUCGCCCACCACCAAAGUCAUCUGUACGUUGCGGACCCUUACACAGUGUACAAAUACACAAUGGGAGGUCAACUCAUAAAGAAGAUAUUUCAGAACAAAUCAGGCGAUUGUACAAUAGAAAGCAUGUCGCUUAGCAACGACGGAAGUCGGAUAUACCUCGCGAAUAGGGAAACUCAACAACUUAUCACAAUGGACAUCGAAGGCCGCCACGUUGUCACUUUGAAAGAUGAUGACCUCAGUCUGCCCUCGGCUAUCUGCGUGUCCAAGGUGAGUGGUCACGUGUUUGUGAGUGGACAGUGGUCAAACACCAUCCUUCAGGUGGACAAGGAUGGCAGGAGAAAGAUGGUCACUCUAGCGAGAGAAGAUGACGGCUUGGAGUUUCCGCAGACCAUGCUUUUUGACGGUCACGCGUGCGCCAUUGUGGUCGGUAACUGGGAGACAGACCAUAUCCUGGUCAUAAAACUGAAAUAGCUGGAUCGAAUAAGACCUGACUAAAAUGGUAUUGUGACUGACUGGGUGGUUGAAGCGUUUGGUUUUUAAUCGUCGGCUCGCUUAAAACUGCGUUGGUAGUAAUUCAUUUGACCCUUUUCAAUACUCUGUGUUAUUUUUAAUAUAUUUAUUUAGAAACAUCUGUAUUAACUGAAAAAAAACUAUUGGUUUCGUAAUUAAAAAUGUAAUUAUCAAAAAACAAUCCAACCAUCCUCGAACAACAAAAACUUAUAGGUUCCUAUAACGGACGUCGAAGAGCGCGACGUUGUGACCUAGAAGAUGACCUCUGCGUGCCAAAGGUCAAGGGAUUGUGAGUGGACAGUGGUCAAACACGACCCUUCAGGUGGACAGUGACGGAAGCAGAAAUAUGGAUACUCGAGCAAGGGAAGAUGCCGACUGGGAGUUGUCGCACACCAUGCUUUUCGACGUCCAUUCGUACCCCAUCGUGGUCAGUAAUUAGCGGAUUGAUCGUAUUUUUGUCAUAAAACUGAUUUUGGCAGAUUUUGAUGAAAACCGUCAAUGUACUGAUCUGUGCAUAAUAGUGGUGUUCUAAAAAGGUCAAAUAAAAUAAACUGAUUCUUUACGUAAAGGUUAUUGUAUUAUUGUACAAUUAUUAAGUGUUUUGUGAUUAUUAUGCUAUAGAAUGGACUUGAUACAAAUGAAAAAGGACUUUUUAUUGUUACAAAUUGAGUUGAGAAAGGACUUUUUAUUGUUACAAAUUGAGUUGAGAAAGGACUUUUUGUUGUUACGAAUUGAGUUGAGAAAGGACUUUUUGUUGUUUACCAAUUCAGAUGAAUAAAGACUUUUUGUUAUUUACCCAUUAGGAUGAGCAAGGACUUUUUUGUUUACCACUAAGGAUGAGCAAGGAUUUUUUUGUGUUGCACCAAGUAGGAUGAGCAAGGAUUUUUUGUGUUGCACCAAGUAGAAUGAGCAAGGACUUUUUGUGUUGCACCAAUUAGGAUGAGCAAGGAUUUUUUGUGUUGCACCAAGUAGAAUGAGCAAGGACUUUUUGUGCUGCACCAAUUAGGAUGAGCAAUGACUUUUUGUGUUGCCCCAAGUAGGAUGAGCAAGGACUUUUUGUGUUGCACCAAGUAGGAUGAGCAAGGACUUUUUGUGUUGCGCCAAGUAGGAUGAGCAAUGACUUUUUGUGUUGCACCAAGUAGGAUGAGCAAGGACUCUUUGUGUUGCACCAAGUAGGAAUGUUCGCAUCCAGUUCUUAUUUGAAACGAACAAUCAAACAGAAUAUGUUCAGGAAACAACAAACAACACAAAGUCGAGCAUUUGGAACCAGACAGAAACCAUAGAUCUGUGGGGGUUUUAUUUCAAUACUAGUCAGUCUAUCAGUAUGUUGGCGUCAAUAACCAGCUCAGAUUUGAAGGUACUCGCUCAUGUUUUGUAAUAUGCACUUUUUGUAUGACGAAAUAAA